ACUGCAGGAUGAUUUUUUGUAUGAGUAAACAUCCUUCCAAUAACGAUCAGACCGAUAAUGUCUUAAAAAGAGAAACAGGAUCUACAUUUUGGCUUUCUCCUUCUUGUUUGGACUAUUUCUGGACACAGAACCUUCAGGUAACAUGUUGACUGUCCAUAAAAUGCAUUUUAGCAUCUUCCUGCUGUUGUGGGGAUGGGUUUUAUCCACUGAAUGCAGACUCCACCGGCAAGGAAAAGAAAUACACGAGGUGUACAAAAAAGGCAGCCGGCCCCAGCGGCAGAGGCGAGAAGCCCACGGCGAGGCGCACAAGCAGGGCAGUAGUCCAAUCCUAAAGCGAAGCCCUGACAUCACCAAAUCUCCACUGACAAAGUCAGAACAGCUGCUGCGAAUAGACGACCAUGACUUCAGCAUGAGACCAGGUUUUGGAGGUCCUGCAAUUCCUGUGGGGGUGGAUGUCCAAGUUGAAAGUCUGGACAGCAUUUCUGAGGUGGAUAUGGACUUCACCAUGACACUUUAUCUGAGGCACUACUGGAAAGAUGAGAGAUUGUCCUUCCCCAGCACCAACAACCAAAGCAUGACAUUUGACGGCAGGCUGGUGAAGAAGAUCUGGGUCCCUGACAUGUUCUUUGUCCACUCCAAGCGUUCCUUCAUCCAUGACACCACCACUGACAAUGUCAUGCUGCGGGUCCAGCCAGACGGGAAGGUACUUUAUAGCCUCAGAGUUACAGUAACAGCGAUGUGCAACAUGGAUUUUAGUCGCUUUCCCCUGGACACACAGACGUGCUCCCUGGAGAUUGAAAGCUAUGCUUACACAGAAGAUGACCUCAUGCUGUACUGGAAGAAUGGAAAUGAUUCCCUAAAAACGGAUGAGAGGAUAUCACUGUCCCAGUUCCUGAUCCAGGAGUUCCACACUACCACAAAACUUGCCUUCUAUAGCAGCACAGGAUGGUACAAUCGUCUCUACAUCAACUUCACUUUGCGUCGACACAUCUUCUUCUUCUUGCUCCAAACCUACUUCCCUGCCACUCUCAUGGUCAUGCUGUCCUGGGUGUCCUUCUGGAUUGACCGUCGAGCAGUUCCUGCCAGAGUCCCUUUAGGGAUCACCACCGUGCUGACCAUGUCUACGAUCAUCACUGGGGUGAACGCCUCCAUGCCCCGCGUUUCCUACAUCAAAGCAGUGGACAUUUACCUGUGGGUCAGUUUUGUGUUCGUCUUCCUCUCGGUGCUGGAAUACGCGGCAGUGAAUUACCUGACCACAGUGCAAGAGAGGAAGGAGAGGAAACUCCGGGAUAAGCUCCCCUGCGCGUGCAGCCUUCCUCAGCCCCGGCCCAUGAUGAUGGACGGCAGCUACAACGACGGUGACGUGAACGAGUUGGGGCACUACGUGUCCGAGAACGGGGACAAGCAGGACAGAAUGAUGGUGCAGCUGGCGUUGGGCUCUGAGAGGGGCUCAGGCAGGAGGAAAAACCAGAGAUACGUCAGCAUGCGGAUCGACACCCACGCCAUCGACAAGUACUCCAGGAUUAUAUUCCCUGGCGCAUACAUUCUAUUUAAUUUGAUAUACUGGUCCAUUUUUUCAUAAACAUACGUAACUCCUGUAGUCACAGCGUAUCGCGGCAGGAUAUCAGAGUACUGUCUCAUAGGCCCACAAAAUGAACAUAGAGAAGUCAUUUGAAGAUUGAUUUUUUCUUCAGGAUUUUGAUUUAUUUUUUACUAGGUGCAACUCGUCUGUGGCAUAAAUAACUGUGCAAGUUUCACUUUUCAAAUAAAUAGAGGGUAUCCAAUUUAAAAUUGCAUACAUAUUUAAAGCUGUGCUAUGCUCCUUCUUGUGCCUCACAGGCCGCUGUAAACUACUCCAACGAGUGACACUAAUUGCCAGCUGCUUAUAUGCGGCACAACUUCCAUUUCGUGCCCCCGACAGUAUUUGAGCACAUGCAUACAUCUCCGAACUCAGCCGACUGACAGCAUUUAGCACCGAUAAGUACAAAAGCUAUGCAAACACUGGCGUGCUUGCAGGAUGAGGUCAGAAGCAGCUAGAGCAAAAACAGAAUGUCCAAUAGUGGGAAACACUUCAGCAAGACUAUUAAUGGCCAAAGGCAGCUUUCAUUGCUCCGUGCACACUGUGCUGGCAGCACUGCACUGGCAGAGCCAAGCAACGAUACCUUUCACGCUUGUGCUGUCACAACUGUACUUAAAAACAAUGAGGUAUUUCCAAGCUGUAUUGAUUAACCUUUUAAAAUAUAACUCGCAGUGUACGUUUACCAAGGAAUCCAUCAGUCUGAACAAAAGUUGGACUUUCCGUGAUGCCAAAUCCUCUGGGAAACACAGGACCUCUCCUUGGAGCUGCUUAUUUGGGUCAGUGGGAGUUUUGCUUGAGUUUCCUAGGAGAGGGAAAAGAUUCCUCUACAAAGUGAUGCAGUGAAGACAAGUGGGUGUCUACGAAAAAGAAUACAACCACUGUAGGAGAAGCCACUUCACCCUGAGACAGCCUUGGUGCUACUGGUUGGUACAAGAGAGCUCUCUGCAGCUUGAAUGCCAAGAACUGCUGCAGCUGGUAAAGUCCUGCCCCUGCCAAAGCCUUUGGUGAGUGCAGGCAGGUCCAGAAGAAGCCUGGUCCAUCUGUUUUUAAUGAAAGGCCAGCAGAAGGGUGCUCAGCUGGUGACAAAGCAGAUGCAAUGAAGUGGAAAGGAGCUCCCACCAUGAGAGAGACCCAGUUCCAUUUGAGCAACUCUGCUUCUCCCUGGCACCUCGCAGCCCUCCGGGCCCUCAGAGCAGGCACAGAACCAUCCAGGGCAGGACAAGAGGACAAGGCUGGCAAUGGGGGGCACUCAGUACUCACCUCAGUCCCUACUUGACAUCACAGCUUCAGAGGAGCAGCCAGUCAGAAUAAAUUCUGCACCUGUUCAAUGGAAAAUCUGUAGCAUAGAAGUAGCAAAAUAUUUCAGAAAAUUAGUUCAGAAUGGGUCGAAUAUAUUCAGGGGCCUUUGAGGUAAUAGUAGCACUGAAGGUAUCUCAGAAAAUCAGUCAUUGCGUUGGUCUGCUGCCACGUCACCCAUAUACACAGGUAACUGAGGUGUGACACUAACAGGACUUUAAGCACAUGCACGCUUUGCACACUGCCAUGGGAUUCUACAGGCACACAUUUCAGGUGUUCUACUGAACAACACUACUCCUCACACAGUGGAUGCUGUUGUCUUUCACAGGCAUAGCUGCUCUGAGAAUAAGGCUAAAGCAGUGGUGUUCCCAGAAGGAACAUGAACCUUCGUGCAUGAAACCUGCCCUGGACUACAUGCAUAAUACUUGCAGCACAGACAUUACAGCUGUUUGAACGCUGCUGGUAGCUGCUUUAACUUCAUAUGUAAAUAAAUACCACAUACAAGUACUCAGCACUUCUUGUAACUGCUGGAAUCAUGAAAUGCAAGAUGUACCCACACUGCCUCUACGCACCACUGAAACCACAACAACUACCAUCACUGAAAGACAAACCCAGCCACCAUGAGAUAGCUUUGUUUCCAAGACUUUUCCUCACAUACAUGUAACAUCUUGGCUUCUUCUUAUCAUACCACAUUUCUAUCCACUGAGUUUCUUGGUUUGUUUUUCGUUUUUCCCCAAAAGGUUAAAAUAUAUGUAUUAAAAUGUAACACUUUAAUUGGAUGAAAUUCUAAGAACAGCACAGGCAGGAGCACCAGAUACCGCACCAAGCUAUCCAGCUUCAUAGGCCUACACAGCGUAAUUUGCUUCAGUACUAUACAUCUUAUAGGACCAUUAACCAGAAAAUUCAGGAAGAUUCUGGAGAUACAAAUGGGAGUCGGACUUUCAGAUUCCUCAGCUUCCAGGGAAAGACUGGUUUGUAACUUCCCAUGAGAUUCUGAAAGCUUCCCUUCUGACACGGUGUCCUAAACUGAUUCUGCAACCUCUGCAUCAGGAUUCACAUUGUGAAAUGACUUGUGUUUUAUUUUGGAAACUCUAGUGCCUUUUCAGUCUUAUGUAAACGUGUACAUAGAUGCACUGUAUAAGAACAGGAUAUGUCAUAUACAGCCAGUGUUUGCUAUUAAGGACUGCAAUCAUUAAACAUACUUCAUACGCAGUAA